CCGGCGGGGUCCGGGCAGGUCCUGGGAGCUCCCAGCGCGGAGAAUGAGUGACUCCAAGGUGAAUGUGACUGUCCGGGUCCGGCCCAUGAACAGGAGAGAGUUGGACCUUCAUACAAAAUGUGUUGUAGAUGUAGAAAACAAUCAGAUUGUCCUGUACCCCGCAAAUACCAACUUCGGGAAAGGGGAUGUCCGGGGUCAGCCGAAGGUCUUCGCUUUCGACUACUGCUUCUGGUCUAUGGAUGAGACGGUUACGGAGAAAUUUGCAGGUCAAGAUGUUGUGUUCCAGAGCCUCGGGGAGGACAUCCUGCAGAAUGCCUUUCAGGGCUACAACGCCUGUAUCUUUGCCUAUGGACAGACCGGUUCUGGGAAAUCCUUUACGAUGAUGGGAACAGCAGAUCAGCCCGGUUUGAUACCUAGACUAUGCAGUACCUUGUUUGAACGAACACAGGAAGCGGAGAACGAAGAACUGAGCUUCAAAGUUGAGGUCUCUUUUAUGGAAAUAUACAAUGAAAAAGUACGAGACCUGCUGGACCCCAAAGGGAGCCGCCAUUCCCUCAAAGUCCGAGAACACAAAGUUUUGGGUCCAUAUGUGGACGGCCUUUCAAAGCUGGCAGUCAUGAGCUACAAGGACAUUGAGUCGUUGAUGUCCGAGGGGAACAAGUCUCGUACAGUGGCCGCAACCAACAUGAAUGAAGAGAGCAGUCGAUCACAUGCGGUCUUUAACAUCAUCCUGACUCAUACGCUGUGCGAUGUCAAGUCUGGGACAUCGGGUGAAAAAGUGAGUAAAUUAAGUCUGGUAGAUUUAGCCGGGAGCGAAAGAGCGACCAAGACUGGGGCAGCUGGCGAACGGCUAAAAGAAGGAAGCAACAUAAACAAGUCCCUCACUACCCUGGGCCUUGUCAUCUCUGCUCUGGCAGACCAAGGUGCCGGCAAGAAUAAAAACAAAUUUGUCCCGUAUCGGGACUCUGUCCUGACCUGGCUGCUAAAAGACAGUCUUGGGGGAAACAGUAAAACUGCUAUGGUGGCCACGGUCAGCCCUGCUGCUGAUAACUACGAUGAGACUCUGUCCACACUUAGAUACGCCGAUCGUGCUAAGAACAUUGUCAAUCAUGCCAUCGUUAACGAGGAUCCCAAUGCUCGUAUUACCCGGGAACUGCGCGAGGAGGUGGAAAAACUGAGGGAUCAGCUGACACAAGCAGAGUCUAUGAAGGCUCCUGAGCUCAAGGAACGGUUGCAGGAAUCCGAGAAACUGAUCCAAGAAAUGACGGUUACAUGGGAAGAGAAGCUGAGGAAGACCGAAGAGGUUGCUCAGGAGCGGCAGAAGCAGUUGGAAAGCCUUGGAAUUUCUCUUCAGUCUUCAGGGAUCAAAGUCGGAGAUAAUAAAUGCUUUCUGGUUAAUUUAAACGCAGAUCCAGCACUCAAUGAACUUCUGGUUUAUUACCUAAAGGAUCACACGUUAAUCGGAUCGGCUGAUUCCCAGGACAUCCAGUUAUGUGGAAUGGGUAUUCUGCCUGAACACGGAAUCAUCGACAUAUCCCAGGACGGGCAGGUUGUACUCACACCAAUGAAAAACACCAGAACAUUUGUAAAUGGCUCCACUAUUACCAAUCCCACACCGCUUCAUCACGGAGACCGAAUACUGUGGGGCAAUAAUCACUUCUUCAGGAUAAGUUUACCAAAGAAGAGGAAGAGCGAGGCAGAGGACGAGGAUCGAGACAACAGCAUGAGGAACAGCAGUAGUUACGAACAACUGGACACUGAUGGAGAUAGCUCCAGUGAAGCUUCCAGUGACAUCAACUUCAACUAUGAGUAUGCUCAGAUGGAGGUCAUGAUGAAAGCUCUGGGAAAUAACGAUCCCAUGCAGUCCAUACUGCAGAGCCUGGAACAGCAGCACGAAGAAGAGAAACGCUCUGCUUUAGAGCGCCAGAGAAUGAUGUACGAGCAUGAGCUGGACCAACUCCGGAGGAGGCUUUCCCCUGAGAAGCAGCACUACCGAAGCAUGGACAGGUUCUCAUGGGGGUCUCCCAAUGCCCAGCAACGUAUCCGGCAAUGGACGGAGGAAAGGCAAGCAAUGCUGAACCAGAGCCUGAGAAAACUGCGGGAGCAGAUCGCCAAGGCCAAUCUGUAUGUCCGGGAGGCCAAUUUCAUCGCAGAGGAGAUGGAUAAGAGGACAGAAUAUAAAGUCACACUACAGAUCCCAGCAUCCAGCCUUAAUGCCAAUAGGAAGCGCGGCGCUGUGCUGAGCGAACCGGCCAUCCAAGUAAGGAGAAAAGGGAAGGGGAAACAGAUCUGGUCUUUGGAAAAACUGGAGAAUCGUCUGGUUGACAUUCGAGACCUUUACCAGGAGUGGAAAACGUGUGAAGAAGACAAUCCUGUCAUCCGGUCGUAUUUCCGGCGAGCAGACCCUUUCUUCGACGAGCACGAAAAUCACAGCCUGAUCGGCGUGGCCAAUGUCUUCUUAGAAUCUCUCUUCCAUGAUGUGAAACUUCAAUAUGCCGUCCCAAUCAUCAACCAGAAAGGAGAGGUUUCAGGCCGGUUAGUUGUCGAGGUUGUCAGAGUGAGUGGAAACAUUGGUGAGAGGAUGGCUGGAGGAGAAGAUGGGCCAGAGUCGUCAAAUGAGAAUGAACCUCAAGAAAACAAAUUGGUUUGUAUGAUUAAAGUCCUUCAGGCUACAGGAUUGCCUCAACAUCUUACCAACUUUGUUUUCUGUCACUACACCUUCUGGGAUCAGCCGGAACCGGUUAAUGUAGCCCCUGAAAUAGAGCCCAAUGCCCAGUCCCCAGUCAGCAAGGAACCCCAGUGCAUGGUGGUCUUUGAUCACUGUAAGGAGUUUGCUGUCAAUAUCACAGAAGACUUCUUAGACUAUUUAGCAGAAGGAGCAUUAGCCAUCGAGGUGUAUGGUCACAGGCAAAGUGACCCAAGGAAGAAUCCUGCCAUCUGGGACCUGGGGAUCAUUCAAGCCAAGACACGCAGCCUUCGUGACAGGUGGAGUGAGGUCACUCGGAAGGUGGAGUUAUGGAUUCAGAUUUUGGAACUGAAUGAGAAUGGUGACUACUGUCCAGUGGAAGUAAUCCCAGCUAAAGAUAUCCAGACAGGCGGGAUCUACCAGCUUAGACAGGGUCAGUCUCGGCGUCUCCAAGUAGAAGUGAAGUCUGUUCAAGACUCUGGAACUUUGCCUCUAAUAGAGGAUUCCAUAUUAUCCGUCUCCGUAGGUUGUGUGAAAAUAAUCCAUAUCAAAUCAGGCAAAACACACGAUGCCCAUCAGGAUGAAGUGAAUGACGUUGACAGCUAUCAGGACAGAGAUUUGGAGAGAUUGAGGAGGAAAUGGCUGAACGCUUUAACCAAACGCCAGGAAUAUUUAGAUCAACAGUUACAAAAACUAGUCAGCAAGCCGGAUAAAAGUGAAGAUGAUGCGGACCGCGAGGCUCAGUUACUGGAAAUGAGACUCACUCUGACAGAGGAGAGAAAUGCUGUCAUGGUGCCCUCUGCAGGGAGCGGCAUACCGGGUUCUCCUGCAAACUGGACUCCCGCGACUGGAAUGGAGACUCACAUACCCGUCAUAUUCCUUGAUCUCAAUGUGGAUGACUACAGUUCCCAAGAUAACCUUGAUGAACCCGAGCCUGCCGGAUGGGAUGCUACACUCACAGGAGAAGAUGAAGAUGAAUUCUUUGACCUUCAGAUCGUGAAGCACCACGAUAGUGAGGUUAAGGUUGAAGCCUCCUGGGAUUGCACUGUGCAUAACUGCCCUCAGCUCAGUAAAGGCUCCUCGGCCGACGAGCGCGUCUUCUUGAUCGUGAGAGUGACCGUGCAGCUCAGCCAUCCUGCCGAGAUGCAACUGGUUCUUCGCAAGCGUAUCUGUGUCAAUGUCUACAACCGACAGGGUUUUGCACAAAAUUUUCUCAGGCGAAUGUCUCACCGGAGUAAUAUUACGAAUUGUGGUGUUACGGUCGAAGUAGUUUCCAAUGUUCCGGAGGAAUCCCACGGUGCUGAAGACAGAGAGGCUUUGGCAAGAAUGGCAGCGAAUGUGGAGAAUGCUGGCUCUGCCGACUCUGAGGCUUAUCUGGAGAAAUAUCUGCGUAGUGUCUUAGCCGUGGAGAACAUUCUUACAUUGGAUCGCCUACGCCAGGAGGUGGCUGUAAAGGAGCAAUUAUCAGGGAAAGGAAAACUAAACCGAAAAAGCCUGAGUUCGCCCAACGUGCACAAACUAUCUGGCAGCCGGCAGGAUUUGGCACCGCAGCACAAUUUGGCUAGUAACAAGGGCCGAUGGGAAAGUCAGCAAGAUGUGUCCCAAAGCACGCCUAUCCGCAACCGCUCAGCAUCAUCAAGCCGCACCUCCCUCCCUGCUGGUUCUCCUCGCCGUCAGACAGAGGAUCCUGGUGGCAAUAGCAUGGCGGCUUCAUAUCUAAGCCCUGUGAAAUCAUUUGUACCUCCAAUGCCCAAACUCCUUAAAUCUCUGUUCCCUCAGCGUGAUGAGAAGAGCAGACCAAGCGCCUCGCCUCUUAUACAGCAGCCAGUUCCUCGGAUCAUGGUCCAGUCGGCUAGUAUUGAUGAAAACGCUUUAAAGGUUAAACCAGGGACUCAGGAAGAAUGGAUUGGUGUCAGACAACCAGUGAUCGCUCGUUCACCCAACCAAGAGAAGAAAGUGGAGAGACCCCCGAUUGUGCCUUCCCAACAAAAGAUGUGCGAGUCGCCGGGACAGGAAACCCAGGAGGGUCCUCCGAGCCCGGUCAGUGAAGCAUCGAGUGGGUAUUUCUCACACAGCGUGUCCACAGCAACAUUAUCCGAAGCGUUAAGUGGAGGGUGUGAGGUGCCUAAUCUUCAGUCACCAAGUCCUACAGCCAUAGCAAAUGACACAAAUUCAACCAAUGUUCCUACAGUCCUGGUGUCUUCUGCCACAGGUUCACAUGUGCAGCCAGCCACCAGCCCAGAGAAGGUUUCUGAGACCAACACAUGUGAGGUUACAGAAAAGAUGAAAGUAGAGUCUAAGACUAGAGACUUCAGUCAUAAAGAUGACAAAGAAUCAGGAAAUCAUAGUACAGUGAAUCUUACAGUACAGCCACCAGAAGAAAUAUCCGACCACCUUGUAAAGCAAAAUGACAUUGCUUUAAGUUAUAUACAGACUGCUUCCCCCUCCAGAAAUGAACAUUCCCCUGAAAAGCAGAAUGUGUCCUCUACAUCCACACCACCCAAAGCAGUAACUGCAGAGGUCAGUGAAGACUCUACUGUGCUUUCUACUAAACCAAUUCUGGUGCCUGACCUCCUAAAUCAGGCCAAGGUUGUGGUUUCCCCUUUCAAAAUACAGAAGGUAAGGACAUCCGAGCUGAAAUCCUUCACACGUUUGCUUCCAGAUGACUCAGCAGACACGGUCAAGGUUAAAUUGAAAGGAAGCAGAGAUGAACUGGAUGAUUCAUUGGAGAGGAGCAGUGACAAACCGGAAUUGGGGUCAGACUCUGAAGAAGCACAGGAAGUUCCUGACUGGUUAAAGGAAGAAGAGUAUGUAACUGUUGGCACAAACAAGACCGGCAUUGUUAAAUACAUAGGACCAGCAGACUUCCAGGAAGGAGUCUGGGUUGGGGUGGAACUCGAUUUGCCAGCAGGCAAAAAUGAUGGUUCAGUUGGUGGCAAACAGUACUUCAAGUGUAAUCCAGGCUACGGCGUGUUGGUGAGGCCAGACAGAGUGAAGAAGGCCUCUGGUACCAUGCGUAGGCGAAGCGCAGGGCUACGCUUGCAAGGUGGAGCUACUAGCGAGAACCGUAGGAGUGGAAAUCUCUCCAGCUCAGCCGGUAAUCUAGCAGCAUUGACGGCUCUUGUGAAGCCUGAAAAAGCAGUCAGCCUGAAGCCAGAAGAUAAAAACCAGAAGAAGAUUGAGAACCGAAAAUCCUGGGCCAGUUAAUACAUUCUCACCUUGGGGAUUUUUUUUUUCUUUCUCGCUUUAACCACUUCAGAAUUUUCACCUGACGGAGGCUUGCAAUGCAAGGUCUUCAACACUGUUCAUUCCAUGAAAGUUUGUUUGUCCCCCGACAUGUAUAUAUUCGAUAGACCAACGUUUGGCCCUCCUAUUCCGGUAUAAUGAUAGUGAUUGUCGAAAUCUGCACUGAUGACCAGUCAAAGUAUCGAUUUGAAUGGUGCAGACAUCAGAAAUGUGACAGAUGUCAGAUUUACAUUCCUAUAGCAAAGGCUAAACUAAUUAUAGUAAAGCUGUAUUAAGCAUAAUUAGGGUUGGGGCUUUUUAAAACCACUCGUGAAAAUGUCUUUCAUUCGGUCUCCCAGGCAAAUGAUCUGUAUGUACGUUGUGUUUUUGUUUUGUUUUUUUGUAAAUAUGUGUAAUCAUUUGUUUAUAUGUGUGCAAUAUAAAAAGAAACAUUAUUUGAUGUACAUACGUGUACAUAAUGAAGGUGCCCAAAUAAUUUGGCAACCAUCAGUGCUUCUAUUUUGUCAAUAGACAAUGACAUUUUUACUUUAAAAUAAGAACGCCCAAUCUUUUACAGAGUUUAUGGAAAUUUUAGAUGACACGGAUACAUCCUUGGACGUACGUACACUAUUGC